CUCCUCUGCCGAGCGUUUAUCCCUCAUAAUGGGAUGUGCCACCGAGUCGCUCCGCCGCUCUAAGCUACAGCAGGUCAACAUAUUCAGCGCAAGAGGCGGCGCAACAACAUGGGCUGAGCCUAUUUGCGGGGAGAAACGAGCUGAAGUCGGUGCCUCUCAGUGGUCGUGAUUUCACCGAUGAGGAGCUGAGACACCGGACAUGGUGACACGUGGAUCCCCGUGGGCGAGAGGACCCACCGGCCACCAGCAGCAGCAGCAACAGCAGCACUGGAUGGAUUAACCGGUCGUCGCAUGGGUGUGUGCGCGUCUUUCCACUCCCGGACCCGGCGAUGCGCUUAUUAAAGGAAACUGGGUUCGCAGACAUCCGGAAAACGCAUCCAUGCGCCACGGCCGCUCCGCAUCCAGAUAUGCUGCUGACAACACAAAGCCUGGCUUCAAGGAGCUGCCACAAGAACCCGCACAUGCACGUCGGCAUGGGUGCGUCAACACGGUUGUUUCGCGACGUUUUGCGGACGAGGCGAGUUUUGCAAUGAGAGAAUCGGGAUUUAUCAAGUGAGACUUUUAUUGAUACAUAAUCCGACAAUAUGGCUGAUCAGAGCAACAUCCAGUCCGCCGCCUCCAAGAGCAUCAGGCCCUUUAAAUCCAGCGAAGAGUACCUGUACGCCAUGAAGGAGGACCUGGCCGAGUGGCUCAACACCCUGUACGAUCUGGACAUCACUGCGGACACCUUCAUGGACGGCCUGGAGACCGGCUGCGCGCUCUGCCGGCACGCCAACAACGUCAACCGCGCAGCGCACGACUUCCAGCUGGAGAGCCCGGAGGUUGCACAGUCCAUGAAGCUGCCGUCCAAAGAUGUUGUCUUCCAGUCGCGCAACGUCGUCCCCGGCUCGUUCCUGGCGCGGGAUAACGUGUCCAACUUCAUCAGCUGGUGCAGGCAGGAGCUGUGGAUCAAGGACGUCCUCAUGUUCGAGACCAACGACCUGGUGGAGAGGUGCAACGAGAAGAACUUCAUCCUGUGCCUCCUCGAAGUGGCGAGACGCGGCUCCAAGUUCGGCAUGCUGGCCCCCAUGUUGAUCCAGCUGGAGGAGGAGAUCGAGGAGGAGAUCCGGGACCAGGAGAGCCUGAGGAUCGAUGCCGGGGAGCCGGUGGAGCAGAGUCCGCCCAGCAGGUGCUUCAGUCGGAAGGAGAGCCAGAGCCAGAGCCAGAGCCAGAGCCAGAGCCAGAGCCAGAGCUUGGAGGAUGAAGAGGAGCCUGAUCCAGAGCCCUUCGUCUGGCAGCAGAAGAGAGUUUUAUGUGACAUGAGGAAUUUGGAUGAGUUGGUCCGUGAGAUUCUGGGCCGCUGUUCCUGUCCAGCUCAGUUUCCUAUGAUAAAGGUGUCUGAGGGGAAAUACAAAGUGGGAGACUCCAGCGCUCUGAUCUUCAUCCGGGUCCUUCGGACUCAUGUGAUGGUGCGUGUCGGAGGGGGCUGGGACACAUUAGAGCACUAUUUGGACAAGCAUGACCCAUGUCGCUGUGCUGCUUUCGCCCACCGUUACCACCAGGCUAAAGCCAGUGGAGGUCAGGGGGCCCAGAGCAAGUCCUCCAGUGCCCACUCCUCCCGCUCCACCAGCCCAGGACCACAUUGGAGAAACGAUGGCAUCGCACCUUACAAACCCCCUGACAGACGCUCCCUGGAGCCCCUCGCUGCUCCCUGUGCCUCCUCCUGCUCUUCCUCCUCCACACGGUCAGGCCGAUCUCAGAGCUCCGCCGUCCACGUUGAGCCCGACUCGGCUGCAGCACGAACUCUCCUCCCACGGCCGCCACGAGACCGCUCAGAGCCCCGACACUUUAAUCCUCUCAGGAAUAAGGAGACAAUGUUGCCAGUGACAAGACGUCUGUCUGGAGACAGUGACUCCUCUACAGCCUCCUCUAAGGGUGGAGGAAGUGGAGGAGGAGGAGGAGGGGGACGUCAUUCUCUUGGUGGUCCCUCGCGGCGUUCUGGUGAAGAGGUAGUGCUGCUUGUCAAUCGCAAGGAAGGGAAGCAUAUGAUUGAGAGGCCUGGAGCUGGAAAUAAAACCCCAUCUCUACGUCCGUCGCUGCCUCGUACUCGCAGCCAGUCACGGGAACGCUCUACACUCACUCCAAUACUCAAACCGAACCCACCGCAGGGAUCGUCUGAUGGAGCUCGGACGUCUCGCACUGAGAGGGGCCGUUCGCUGGGCAACGAGGGCCCGAGGAGGUUCCACGCUCCUCGUUCUCACAGCCAGAGUAAGGUACCCAGCCGUACUCAGUCCACCGAUGCCAGUCCAGGUCCCAGUCUGUCCCACAGAGACCCUCAGCCCCCAGCGUCGGACAGACGAGAGGACCUUCGGCCCAAGCAAACGCUCCCAUCCUCUCCCAGAGUGGGUGGUGGGUUCUCCAAGAGGCAGUCGUCCUCGUGUUCAAACUCACCGAUUAAAGCAGUUCAGAGCAACAGCAACCCCAGCAAAAAGACUAUAACCACCCCUAGACCCCCUGCCCCUCGCUCACCCUCCAUAGGUAAAGGCAGACUGCUGCCACCCGUCACCUCAGGAGGGAGACGGUCACCGCACUCAUCUCCUCGCAACUCUCAUCAUCAUGCUUCCCGCCCCCCUCGGAUCUCACAAGGCGCCCGCUCUGCUGGGCGAGGCCACCACAAGAACUGGUCUGGUCUGGAGCGGCAGGAGCCUGAGGAGGAAGGCCUGGGCUUUGGCUUCCAAAUGCUGCCGACGUUAGACCCUCAGAAGGAGCAGGACCUGUAUCGCAGCUUUGAGGCCGAGUUUCUGGCCAAUACGCAGCAGGUGAAAGGAGUAUUUCCAAAAACUCCAGGAGGAGCAGCGCUGCAGGGAGCUGGGACACAUCCAGUGCCAGCUAUCACUGAUCCUAAUGUUACUGACUCUGCUUAUUCCUCCUCCAACUCCUCCACAUCCUCCUUGAAUGUGGGGGCAAAGAUAGGAAAUCUGCCUGACCUCAGAGAAUCCAAGAGAACUAACCGUCCCUUCUCAAUGGACGACCCGUUGAAUUUACUUUACGGGCACAAUUUUGGUGGAUCACACAGCCAAGGAGAGCCAGAGCACUGGGGCGAUCGUAGCGGGGGUCUCAAGAAGCUCCCGGCCAUUUCUAGUUCAACAGAGGAAAGUGAAAUUCCAUCUUCCCUGCCGGGUCUUGGAGACACAGAGUUGAUGAAUCAGGUCUCCUCGCAGCCUGCGUUCCACUGUAGGAACAUGAAUGGAGAGCAUGGAGGCUGCCCUCCUACAGGGGGCCUCGCAUGUCGACAGGGUCAGCUCGGCUGGGGCACACGACCUGAAGGAGACGUUCCUCUGGAAAAUCACCAGCCAAACUUACCUUAUGACCUGGAAAAUGGUGACGGGAGCGAUGACCUCCCACCUCCAGAGGCUUGUCCGUCACCUGUGCCCCUCCCCCCCUCUGAGGACUGCUCCUUCCAGGAUUCUUCAAGUGAAAGCUCUUCCAUGUGCUUCAGCUUGAGCGAGUCCCGCUCCGAGUCCCCACCACCAACUUCACCCUUAACUAAUGGGGACGCUGAUGGAGAAGUGCUGCAAACAAAGAAACUGCAGAAAAAAUCAAACAGUGUAGACUCAAUCUCUAAGCACAAACUGGGGGCCAGGUUCAGACCCCGCACUGACAAUAGACCAGAAAACAGCCGAUCUCGUAUCCCCACCCCGGUCAGCUACAGAGACCUGCAGGCUAAUGACACUCUCUCCCCCUGUCACACCCCUCCACUGUCCCCCCAGAGCUCUCACCAUCCUGGUCGUCCAGCCACAUGCAAAAGCCUCCACCAGGCCUUUGCAGACAUGAUCAAUCCUCAGCCCCGUUCUCCUGCCAUGGGCAACAAAGACUGCCCCUUUCCUGGACAGUCAGGCAGCCUGGACACUGAAGCUUGGAUGUAGCACAAAACUGUUGGAUAUGGCACAGAGGGUGGUCGUCAUGAACUUGAACUACUGUGUAAAAAAAGACUUAAAACUGGGCUAUAGACUGUUUCCACUGCAUGUUACACACUCCUUCGUUUUCAUUUAGUUUCUCCCCUGAAUACCUGCAGGGGAUUCACGUUGCUUUUUUUGCACUUAAGCCAAAAUUAUUUAUUACCAAAGGAAUGGUUUUUAAUAUUACUGUAAGUUUUAAUGUCUGCAUGGGGAUGCUUUUGCCAAUCAUAAGAUGUGUUUUUCUCCUCUUUUCUUUUUUUUUUUUUGCAAGACACUUGUGAACUUCUCAUGGUUGAUACUCAAAGAUAGAGAGAGAGCAUAUGUGCUGCCAUGUGCCCCCCUGAGGGGCAUGGGAAAGUGCCAGGGAUUUAAAACUACAACUCUAUACUCAUUGUAAACACUAAACCGUUAGUCACACGGAUUGGCUCCCUCUUGUGGUUUGCCUCUCUGCUUGCCUUGGUAGUCAAAAUGCUGGUAUGAUGACUGCAGUUUCUUUCAGUGUCUCCACAUUAGUGGUCUUCAUAUACGAUUCUGUAAACUCAUAUUCACAGUCAAUAAUAGGUCACAUAGACAAAGGUACCCUUGUCAUUCUUCUGACUUUAUGAACUACCAAUUUCUGUACAGUUACCCGGUGUUAUUAACGUUCUAUGUCAGCUUUUCACAGUCAAUCUGUGUAGUCAAGAUAGAAAAUAUUCGUUUUCGAAUGCUUCGUGUGUUAAGAUUUUGUUUUAAUGCAGUACAACAUUUUAACUUUGAAGUGGAUUAAGUGUAAAAAUAUGAGAAGCGGUGAAGGUUCUAUUACUUUGUGUCAUUGCCACUGAAACAGAGAUGUUGAGAGCUCUUCCUCUGACCAAACUGUACUCUAGAAUACAAUGGGAUAUAUAUGUGCAGGAGUCACGUUUUUAGGAGUCUGAAUGUGUAAAUACAUGUGCUCACUGAGGGAUGUGGGCACUUUGUACAUAAAAAAGCAUGGAAUAUACAGUUUAAUGUACAUAUUCACUGUAUUAAGUUCUGUGCUGCCUUAGCUAUGCAAUAUUGGUGUUGAAAAUGCCUUGACUAUUCCCUUUGCCUUAAAAUUUUAUUCACAGGUUAUUUUUUGAAUGUUUUUGCUUAACAUCACUGACAUCUCUUUGGUAACACUACAUUGACUGUCAUUUACGUCAUUUGCUGUUUAUAGUAAUGGAUAUUGAAGAGCUUGGAUGUGUGAAUGUGGAGAAAAAAAGCGAGGAACUUUGCCAAUUUUAAUUAUAAAUCAUACUUGACGUUGAUGUACAAUUCAUGACAAGGAUAUGAAAUGAAUUCCCUCUGUUGUUUGAGAGCACAGGAAGCCAGAUAACCUACUUAGCAGAUGGAUUUCAAAGACACAAGCUAUGGGGACCUCUAGUGGCUCAAGAAAGACGUGUUUUAUUCACAGUAAAAUUAGAUUAUCUUGAUGCUGUUUCCUUUUCUUGAUAUGUUUAUGAGACAUAUCCUGGUGCUGAUUAGAGCCGUAAGAGCUGUUAACGGUGGCAUGAUGUGGCGAAGUUCGAUGGAUGAAGAAUGACUUGAGUGUCUGCAUGUGUGCAAAGGUGCAUGAAUAAUAGAUACUGUAACUGGAUAUCGAGGUUCCUUUGCGAAGCUCUUGCACAGAUGUCAUCAAUAUGAGAGGCCAGUCUCCAUCUACAGAGCUUACAGUUCUCUUUUUUGAUGUGGACUUUUAAAAAUAUGUUAGAAAGUUGAAAAGGUUGGAAGUUUGCUGUCUGUGUUCUGCAGAAACCACAUAAACACAAGAUAAAUAAGAUAAAUAAAUGACCAUUUGUUUUUAAGAUUUGGAAUCAUUUUGAUAAAUGUUUCCAACAGAGAUGUGUGGAGAGAUAAAAGGAAGGAAAAAAAGUUAAUAAAAUUGUUUUUGCAGGACACUAGCAAUGAUUAGGUUAAAAAAAGGAGUGUGUAUAUGUUUGUGUACGUACUGUGUGAGAAUAUGUACAGAAUUGGGGUAAGGAAGGAUGUGAUGUUGGUUUAAUUUAUUUAUUUAUGAAAUCGAUGCUCAGUGGGCUCGGGUGAUAUCUGUGUCCCAAGUACUUUAAAUAAAUAAGUGUUUAGGGGAAUCCAAAUGAGGCGAGGCAUUUGAAGAUGUUUGAGUUUGCUCAACAGUGUACUAUAAAGAGAAUUAAUCCAUUAGUGAUGUGUCCAAUUAGUAAGAACUGGAAUGAUCCUGCAGACGCGCUGAACAUAUUUCGUCAUUUCCCAUCAUUCAGAAACACAGUAAUUUGAUUUAUUGCUGACUCCUCACUGCUACAAAUAAUUUAUGAUGUGUCAGUAUUGUUAGAGCUACUUUGGUUGAAUAUGUAUCUGGUUAUCAGUUUCACUUGUACAAAAAGAUUAUUAUAUGUAUCCUAAUUAUUUUCAUUUUGGUUUAUUUGAAGACAUUUGCGUUUUGAAAUCUCUCAGUCAUGUAAACUGUGACUUCUUGCAAACACAAAAAUACAUUUGGUUCUCAGUCAUAAAAAAUGAGUGAUUGUCCGCUAGUUUGCUCUUUGUCCUGCACAACUUUACAAAUUUCACUCCUCCGUGUUCUCAAUCGGCAAAAUCUGAAUGUUUGUGAUCAGACAGUUUCUUGUUUGCUAAUGUCAUUUUCACAAAAAACUUCAGUUCAAUGUACAGAUUGCUUGACAUUGUGGGAUUUGUGUAUAUGAAAUAGCAAUACUGCAACAUUUCACUCUUUUUUGAAGUUGAAAGACUGUCAAGUUGUUCUUGUAAUAAAUAUUUUCUUCUGAAAUUUA